AUGUCACGCCACCAGUUCGACUUAAUAAUGUGUUUGAAACAGCCUGGGACACAGAUAGGCCUUCUUUGCGAAAAAUGUGAUGGAAAAUGCCCCAUCUGCGACUCUUACGUAAGGCCCAAGAGGAAAGUUAGAGUAUGCGAAAACUGCUCGUUUGGCAAAAAGGCUAAAAACUGUAUUAUUUGCAACUUAAAUAUCGGUGUCAACGAUGCCUUUUACUGUUGGGAAUGCUGCCGCCUGGGUAAAGACAAGGAUGGCUGCCCCAAGAUUCUAAAUCUAGGUAGCAAUAAGCUGGAUAGACAUUUCGAGAAGAAGAAAAAAGUAUAA